AAUCACGGUUUCCGUUUAUACUGCAGCUGUUAAAUGAGCACCCCACCAAGUUACCGGUUUCGAUAUUCGGUGGUAAAUUGCUGUACUACUCGUGAACGACUCCACUACUCUAGUGACGCCAUUUGGCCAUUUCAUUAUUUCAACAUUCGGCGUUUCGGUCUGUGGCCUGUCAUUUGGUAAUUUGGUAUCCAUUUAAUGGCCGUUUGCCCAGUCUCCUGAGGAUGAUACCUAUCGUUUCUCGUCGUAGUCGUCGUGGUCGCCGAGUUUUACGCCGACCAAGAUUCAUUUUAGCCAACGGUAUUACCAUUGACGCAAACGGAUUUUUCGUCGACCCACUCAACAUGUGUCGCGUUUGUCUCUGUGACAAACAACAAGACUACAUCGACGCAACGGGACCCAACGAACCAAAUCUGAUGCAGUACGUCAGCGAAUACUACAAAGUUCACAUGAAAGUUGAUGACAACGAUAAUGGCAAAUCUACUAAGUUGUGUCAAUUUUGCAUGGAGUAUAUUGAUAUAUGGCGAGGACACAUCGAGCGAGCUGCAGCUUGUCAAUUGGUAGUGGAAAUUUUUGCUAAUAAAUGGAGAUAUAAUGCAUCAUCUAUUGCUGCUGCUACUGCAGCAGCUACUUCUGCUGCUGCUAAAACUGCUACAGUUGCCGCCGCUGCUGCUACUGCUGCUGAAACUGCUGCAAAUGCUGCUGCUAUUGCUGCUAGUGUAGCCGAAACUGUUGCAGCUACCGCUGCUGCUGUCGCUGCUGCUGAAACCGUUGAAGAUGCUAUUACUACUCCCCAGACUGUGAAUAAACCAUCAUCAUUUGCUUCAAACACAAUAAAUAAAAUAACAUCUAGUGACAAUAAGAUCAAAAAAAGAUCCAAGAAAAGAAAAAGAUCCAUGCCAAUACAUGAACAUGCAGUUCCAUCGACGUCUACAUCCAGUGACAUGUUUCAAUCACCAUUAGAAUUGACUCAACAUGGAUCAGAUUUUUCUUCCCCGGCAAAUUCAACAGAUACUAUUCCAUUUGCAUCAACUUCGACUGAAAUUCCAUUUGCAUCAACUUCGACUGAAAUUCCAUUUGCAUCAACUUUGACGGAAAUUCCAUUUACAUCAGCUUCAGCAGAAUUUAUUCCACUUGCAUCAACUUCAACAGAAAUUAAUCCAUUUGCUGCAUCAACUUCAACAGAAAUAAUUCCAAUUGCAUCAACUUCAGCAGAAAUAAUUCCAAUUGCAUCAACUUCAGCAGAAAUUAUUCCGUCAUAUACCGUUAAUGAAUUAUCAGGUGCUAAUCCAAUCUGGUAUUCAAUGGCAGAUGAAAUAACAGAUGAUGUGCCCCCACCAGUAAUGAUUCCCAGAUCUAACUCAUAUAAACCAGAAUAUGUAUGUAUAUUUUGCACUUAUCAACAUGAAGAGGUAUCACUAAAUGUGUACAAACAUAUAAUAUUUUGUCCUAAACAUUCUAAACCCUACGCUUGUUUGAUUGAAAAUUGUCACUCAGUAUUUCCCAAUAAAGAUGUCUUUAUUUCACAUUACCGUACUCAUUUGAAUCUCAACAGUUCGACUUUUUUGUGUCGUCAAUGCUUUGGUGUUUUGACUUGUUGGAGAAGAACUGGUCAUAUACACCAAAAUGUAUCAGAUUUGUUCAAAUGUUGUUCCCUUACUUUCCCUUCAAUAACUAAAUUAGUUCUUCAUAAACUUAUAAAUCAUAGUGCAAUAGUUGUCUCAAGUAACGGUCGAUCUCGUAUCCUACAAAAACCAAAUAUGUCUAUUAAGAAAACAGAACUGGAUGACGUUAAAGUUGACUUGGAUAUACCUGACAUAGUAUCAUGCAAUGAGAUAGUUAAAGAUAAUGGAAGUUUUAAGUGUUAUUGUUGUCCCUUAUAUUUUACUACAGUUCUUGAAUUUAUUAAUCAUAGUAAGAUAAAGCAUAAGAAUUUAAUUACAUUAAAAGAAAAAGGAAUAAAAUUAUGCCCUCUGUGUGAAAACAGUUACUUCAUCGAACACUUCAGCGAGCAUAUUGAAAUGUGUACAAAUACCUUGAAAGUUGGUGAAAAGUCAUUGAAUUAUUAUGGAUGUGUUUACUGUAAAUUUAUUUUCACAGAUAUAUCUGCCAGAGAAAUUCGCAACCAUGUUCUAUAUUGCAAAUCAUUUAAAUUAGGUAUUGUCAAUAACAAGCUUCAUCAUAUAUGUAACAAUUGUACUUUUAAAAGUACUAAUGAUAAAUUAUGUUUAGAACAUGCAAAUUCUAAUUGUAUUUACUUCCAAUUAAAAAUGAGAUAUGCAAUGGGACCAGAUSAAAAAAAUAAAGUUAUACAACGAAUGGAAUUUAUCAAACAAAACACUCAGCAAAAGGAGGAUGAAAAUAAUGAAGAACUUUCUGUUAUAUCAAAUACAGUUUGCAAUAAAGCUAGACAAAAGUUACUCAAAUGUUAUAAAUAUUAUUGUAAUAAUUGCAAAAAUCAUUUCUUUGAUACAGUGGUCUUUUUAAAGCACUUGACUCUAGCAGGAUCUUAUUGUCGAUCUCAAAGUUCAAUCUACUGCCAAAAAUGUGUAACUGAUUUUGAAACUGUGGCAGAGUAUCAUAAUCAUUUACCUACUAUGCCAGAAGCAUCACCAAUAGUAACAAUAAAGCAAGAAUUGUUUAAUCAAAAUAACGAUGAGGACGGUAAUAUUAUUAUGGAUUUAGUACGUACAAAUCAUAAUUAUUGUGAUGUAAAAGUGUUUGAAAUAAAUAAUGGGACGUUUGUUCAAAAACAAGAACCUUCAAAUUUUGAUGAUAUUAACGAUAUGGAAUAUCAAGAACAGGAACAAGAAGUUUCAAAUAUUGAUUUAAAUAACAGUUUUGCAUGCCAAGAAAUGGAGAUAGACAAUGAUAUUUACAUGCAAUGUGAAGUUGAAGAUAAACCGGAUUUGAGUCAAUUGUUGCCAAGAAACGGGGAAUAACAUGUGUAUAUCACAUAAUUCCAAUAAUAUUAAAACUUGACAUAGUUUUAUACUUUCAAACUUUUACUUGAUUAUUAAAAUUCAAUAUUGUUAUUUAUAUUGAUAAUAUAAUUUCUGUAGUUUUUUAAUAGCUAUUAACUUAAAAAUUACCUAUUCCAUAUUACUUUUUUUCCAUUGAGAAAGGAUUAUAUUAGUAAAUUUAUAAUCAUGAAUUUAAAUGCACAGUUUUGAUGUAAGUAGUCAUGCAGCUUAUUCAUUUUUUUAAAGUUACACUAGAAUACUUUAUAUUUGUGUAUUUAGUUAAGAUGUUUAUUAAUGUUGAAAUCUUAACAUAAAUUCCAAAAUAUAUAAUUAAA